AUGCAAGGGAUCCUCUUCCUCUUUUCGGCCAUCUUCCUGUUAUCAUUGAGCAAAUGUGAGCAGCUUCAAUUCCACCUCCACUAUACCAUCCGCGAGAACGAGCCUAGCGGCUAUCGUGUCGGUUACCUCGAUGACGAUCUCAGACGCCAGCAGGUGUUAAAUUUUUCUCGACUCUGUGGUGGAGGUGGUGCAUGCAAAGAUUUGCGCUUCCGCCUUCGAGAACCAUCAUUCCAUUUGGAAUUGGACGAGACCACUGCCAUGCUCACGACAAAGUCGACUGUUGACUUCGAACAACUGUGCAUUGGACAAUGUCGUUCCACUCUUGAUGCCUACCUAAGCGUGACAGUCAACGUGUGGCAAGAGAGGAAACUGACAGCAUUUAUUCACGUAAGAAUUCAAGUGAUUGAUGUGGACGACAAUAGCGUGGAGUUUCCCGAAGACAUUCCAAGACCCUUUGUCCUGUGCCUAAAGGAAGUAAUCUAUCGAAAGGGUAAAACAAUAGAGCUGCCUCGAGCGGUGGAUAAGGACGUGACCCCAAAGUAUUCCUCUAUCACUUACCGGCUAGAAUUUGCUACUAGUCAAUGGGCAUCCAUGAAGAUGGUGGAGAUGAGCGUGACAAAUGAUUCGCGGCCUCUUUUGGUGCUAAAAGAAGAUUUGGAUUAUGAGGACGCAAAGGAGUAUGCCUUUUCGUUGGUGGCAUGCAAUUCAGAUUUACAGUCAGAUAGUUCAAAAACCGUUAUCCAGGAAGCACAGCUUCCAAUUGUUAUUCAGGUACUGAAUAUCAAUGAUAUGGAGCCAGUAUUUCCCCAGUCAAUUUAUUCGGUUGAAGUCCCGGAAGAUAUUCAACCGGGAAUGGUUAUUAUCGAGUUGAAAGCAAUUGAUCGUGACGCCGAUGCGGUCCUCACUUACUCGAUCAACUCCGCACCAGGGAUGAAUGCGACAGCCCCUUUUGACGUAGAACCUGAUGGGAAAGUGCGUCUACGUGAGAGCUUCGACUUUGAACAACGCACCGACUAUAAUCUGCCGAUUAGAGCAAGUGAUGGAGACUUUACUGCUUCGACUCGCCUUCACAUUCGUCUUCUUGAUAUCAAUGAUGAAGCACCCACUUUCAUAGUUAAUCCAACGCACCUGGCGGUUGAGGAAAAUCAGCCGCCCAAUGUCCUAAUUGGCCAGGUGGUCGUCCGUGAUGCAGACACAUUUGCGGUGAAUGGCUACCUGGAGUGCGCAGAGCCUGCAGAGGAUGCGGGACAACAGCCACUUCGCUUUGAGAGGCGGGCAGAACCGAUGCGGUCGCCACUUGAGUCAACAGCAGUGCCGGAAUUGCACUUUGACCUCUACACGCGUCACAGCCUUGACCGUGAGGACGGUGCGCCUGUUCGACUAGCUCGUUUGAUCUGCUGGGAUGGCGGAGGCGGUGGUAGCGGUGCAGAGAUGACGGAGACGACCUACGGCGAUAGCUCCACUGCAAGUGGGAACCAAAUGGCCCGUCUCACCUCAACCCUCACCAUGUCCAUCCAUGUCCAGGAUAGAAAUGACAACGCUCCCAUUUUCACACAGUCCGCAUUCAGUGCUGAGUUAAAGGAGAACAGUGACAUAAGGAAGGAGAUAUUGCAACUUACGUCAAAAGACUAUGACACUGAGGAGAAUGCCAUCACGCGGUAUCGGUUGACAGACGAGAAUGAAGAUGCCUCUCUGUUUUACCUAAAUGAGGAGACAGGUCGCCUUUACGCAAUGACUCGCUUUGAUAGGGAAACUAGAGACAUCUAUCACUUGCAAGUCGUGGUCUAUGAUGCCAGCCAAAAUCCCUUGGAGAUCCUCGGAGUAGACCACCAAUCAGUCUCCACAGCAGUGGUGACAGUACGUAUAAUCGAUGUUAAUGACCAUGCACCCCUAAUUCAAGAGACUGGAGAACUCAUUCUGCCUGAGAACAAGGAACCCGGUUUCAUGGUUGGACAAGUGAUGGCAACGGACCUCGAUGCUGGCGUCAAUGGUGAAGUUACCUUUGACAUUGCUCCCGACGAUCCACGAGUUGUAUUCAAUGGUCCACAGCUCAAGCAAGUCAUGGGCUUUCGCAUGACUCCGAAUGGGAGCAUCUUUUCUACACGGCAAUUCGAUCGUGAAACGCAAUCGAGGUAUUGCUUUCAAGUUCAGGCGAAAGACAACUCUCCAGAUGCAUCAUUGUCGUCAACAGCGCGAGUAUGUGUUAAUAUUCUCGAUGUUAACGACAACUCUCCCAUUAUACAUUCCAUCGAGGGUCCAGAUGCACGUUACGAAAGGGAUUCACUCUUGCAGAAACCACCAUUUUCCGCCGUGGAAUCCUUUGAAACACAAUUCUCUCUAGCCUCCUACGAGUUACCCAGUCUUCGAAUAUCGGUAAAUGAGGCUCCUGGCUACUGUGCACUCUUAAUUCAAGCCGCCGAUUUGGAUGAGGGUGAAAAUGCAGAAUUGCGAUAUUCUUUGAAUCUUGCUGCUAACUGUACGCCUCCAAGCGUACCGAGAUCAAGGUUUGACCACAAUCUAGACGAUGAGGGAGAGGAGACUGAUGAAACAGAGUUUCGACGAUUUCCUCUUCACACAUUCAGAAUAGAUGAGAGAACCGGAAAACUCCUUUUAGUACGUAGACUAUCCAGCAAAGAACUUGGUUCUUACUGCUUGGGGCUUGUUGUGGAGGACCAGGGUCAUCCACCACUCAAAUCCACUCAGAAGGUAUGGAAGUAUACAUAG